CGGAAGAGGAGGUGUGGAGUUGGAGGCGUGGAGAGGGAUGGCGCCAUUACAACCGUCUCCUCCUUCUGGUCAGGUUAAGGAUGAGAGCGCCAUGCUUGCCGCCGAAGAAGAUCUGAUUACUGUGCGUCGCGUGGGCGGCAUGGAUGGUGUCUCCCUUGUGACUAUGAAUCGCCCUGGCACGAUGAACGCUCUGACAAAGCAGAUGAGGAGCGAUCUCGCCCGUGCGUUUCGGUCGUUACGCGAGGAUCUGACAGUGCGCGCCGUGAUUGUGACGGGAUCGGGACGCGCUUUUUGCUCUGGCCUCGACCCGUCCUUCGCCGAGGAGGUGGUGAGAGACUUGGCGGCAGGCUUGAGCGACGUCGAUGAAGAUCCCGUCGCCCAGAUGGACAUGUGCGGCUUUCCGAUCAUCGGGGCAAUCAACGGUCCUGUUUUCUCUGCCGGCCUGGAAAUCGCUCUGGCGUGCGACAUUCUCGUGGCGAGUGCCCAGGCGCGCUUCGCUGACACUUCCUGCAAGCUGGGGGUCUCCCCUGGGGGCGGCAUUUCUCAGAAAUUACCCCGCUUGAUUGGCCCCAGCCGCGCGAGAGAGUUCUCGCUGACGUCAAUGAUGAUCGACGGCGUGAUGGCAGAGAGGUGGGGCCUCGUCAGCCGGGUCGUUCCCCCCGCUGACCUCUUGGAUAUGGCAAAGAAGGUGGCGGCAGCCAUAGCCAGCAAUCAGCAGAAGGUUGUAAGGCGGUACAAGUCCGUGCUCAACGACGGGUUGUCGCUCUCACUUUGCGAAGGGCUGAAGCUUGAACGGGAGCACGCGCGCGAAUACGCCUCUGAAUUGGGAGAGGAGGAACUCAAAGCCAUUCGAAUAAAACUCGACUCGUCAUCGUUAACCAAGUUGUUCUCGUCAACAACAAUACUCUCUUCUUCAGGUGUCGCGGAAGAAUGCGAGACUCCUCCCAUGGGCCAGGCAAUGUCGAGUGAAGCACGAUCGCUGUUGCAACGGCACAGCAGCUGUCCCUCCACUUCCCCGUCCCUAUACCAAUCGUCUCCCCUAUUUGGAUUCAAUUAUCCGUCGACGACUGGUUACUGUAUGAACCCUUAUUUGAAUCCCUAUUUAUCGUUCCCACAGGCGGCUGCCCAGGUGCCAUCCUCCCCUAACCCAAGUUCAGUGUCCGCGCUGUCGGCCCCAUUUCGAACCCCUCCGUCGCCGCCAGUUCCUACCUCUCAAUGGCUUGGGGCAGAGAUGCAGAGCGUUCGCUCCAAGGUGGGGGGAACGAAGGACGGCAGCAACUCAGGGAGUCCAUCGCUACGUCGGAGGAUACCGGCAGCAACCUCUGCUGUCCGAGGAGUGGGUCCCGCAGCUGCAAGCACGGUGAGCACAGCAGCUCCUGCUGCUGGGACCACAGGGGUGGGAGCAGGUGUUACCUCUUCUACAGUGGUGACGGGUGUAGCAGGAGCAGGAGGGUCAGUUGCGGCAGGAGGUAGCGCGGGGGCGCAUGUGGGGGGUGACCGAAGUGAAAGCAAUGGUGGAAGUCAAGCGGCACUGGCAGAAGAUGAUAAAAUGAAUGGACUAGCAACACCGGUAAACGGAUUUGUGGCAGUAAUUGAGAAUGGCACCGUGAAUGAGGACCUUGCAAUGGUCACUGCCAACGGCACUGCUGCAGUUCCCACAGAUGGGGGAGCUUCUGCGAGGACGGAGGAGGGUGUGGUGCUGUGCUCCGAUGACCCGGUGGUUGGGCAGAAGGAGAAUAUAGAGACCUGUGAGGCUGGGGUUGGUCUAGAGAGUAUUGCUUGCGUGAUGACCACAGCCGAGGAUCUAGUGAUGGUUGAAGCCGACAUCCAGGCAGCAGCAGACAUCCAGCCAUGCAAUCCUCUGCCCAUGCAGACUGUUGUUCAGGAGGGAUACCCCAAGGAUGGGCCCGCUGUUGACGUAUCUGACGCAGCCGUGCAAGGACCGGCACAAGAUGUGGGAACGCAGACACCAGUCUGUGACGGUGAGGGUGAUGAACGAGAGGAUGGCCAAAACAACUCUGCGUUAUCGCGAUGGUCCAGAGCUGUGGAUGGAAGCCGAUUCUGGUGGAGCGAGGAACGCGUAAUUAUGCUCCUCGAGGCUGUUCGGGACGUCAACAUGAGACUCAAGAAAAGGCGAGGAAUGGUUACCAGUGUGCGGAAAUGGGAGUGCGUUGUUGAACUUACGAAGUUCCCUCUCACUGCCACUCAGCAUGAGAACAAGUAUAACAAUCUCAAGAAACCCUAUCAGAAGUACAAACUGCAGCUCUAUCGGAGUGAAAUGGGCCUCAUAGCUGAUGAAGAGGUGGAAGAUCUUAAGAAGCCAUCCUACUAUGACGUGCUGGAGCGGUACCUAUCAGACAAGGUGAAACUGUAUCCCCCUGCACGAAAACCAGGGAGUGUGUCGAGGGGGGUUUGCCUCUUUAGUUCCCCUCCUCCACCCGCUGCAGGAAAGCCAGAAAAACUCGCUCUUCAGGUCGCACGUCCCUUGGAGAUGGCUGUGGUGGCACAGCCAUUGUCUGAUGGGGACGACGAGGAGGGCGCCGCACAUGCAAAGCAAGAUGACGUCGAUCGGAUAGCAGAUCAUGACGAAGUGACAGGCGAGGUUUCCCGAGAGACGAGUGGGAACAGCCAAGAGGACGCUACGGCUGGUGCAGCGGAUGGUGGAGGUGGAGAUGGCACAAGUGGCGGGGCAGGUGGUGGGAGCAGUGGUGCGGAUGACACGAGACCGACGAAAAGACCGCGACUUCCGUUGACGGAAACAAUUGCUCGAAAUAUCAGUCGGCUUAUCCAACAGCGGGAAAAGGAAAACAUUUUUGCUCGGCAGCGAGACCUUCAGUUUAGUCAGGAGAUAGACUCUCUGCAGAGAGAGCUUGCGAAUGCCUUGAGAGCAGCGAACGAAGAAGCGGGGGGAGGCAGAGACGGAGGGAUUGUAGAAGGAGCAAGAGAGGGGUGGGCGGUGGGAGGAGGAGGAAGUGGGGUGGAGCUGCUGACGUUUACCAGAGAAGAGAUCCAGGAGAGGGAGAAUGCUCUCAGGGAGAGAGAGAAGGAGCUGCGGGAGCGUGAGCAGGAGUUACGGGAGCUACAGCAAUUGGCAAGGGAGAGGGAGGAGAAGGUAAGAAAAGGUCUCUUGGAGAGUAGCAAUCAGAAUCUAGACAAGAUGUUGUCGCUUGUAGAGCGAAUGUAGAGCAAAACCUAGACCAGAUGCACCACCAACUUCGCUGAUGUCCAUUACAGUCCUGUUUAGUGUUGGUUCAACAAAAUUUACUAUGUAGACAUUUUGCCUACCACCAUGAUCUGGGGCGUUGACGUCAAGAUGAGCGCAGGUUUCCGCUGCUAACCUGCUAAAGGGCGCAUUGUGUAUUCCAUCCGCUUUCUCUCCAUCGCGAGUUAUGUUAUAGGUCUGGAAGAUCAAGCUUGAAGCGUCAAGCUUGAAUGGGGUGUUUGAUGUCUUGAAACUUUAAAACUUUUGCCUCAUUUGCGACCUGUUUCCAUGGCAGAGGGCCAUGCUAAUCUUCUCUCUCUGCGUCGUUCGCAUUUUAACGCAUGUCCUGGACGAGGACUUGUGCUAGCUUUUCACAAUGCCCCAAUGUCCUGGCCACUUGACCCCUUGUUGACUUGGUUGGUUGGCUGGUUGGUUGGCUGGUUGGUUGGCUGGUUGCCAGUGACGGACUAUGACGAGGUUGAGCUUAUGUCAUGUCACGCCGGGGAGUGACAGCUGAGCGGAAAACUCUGGAGCCAAUUGGGUCUAUGUUCGUUGUACCUUGGCUUCCACAAUGACUGUUCCAAUUCCUGUUUUUUAUUCUUGUGCGUGUGUGUGUGUGUGUGUUUUCAUCGCCCAGAUUCUUGAUACUUCGUCGGUGGCUGGCAGUGAUGGAUGACGAGGAGGUGGUAGGGAAGGGAUAUGGCAGGCCAAGGAGUGGCAGCGGAGCGAACACUCGGAAGUAAGGAAUGAAAAAUUGGAUUAUCGUGUGUCUAUUUCAGGGCAUAUUCACAGCAGUAGGAGUUUUUGACUUACAUCGGGACGGAAUUGAUUGUGGCGAGAUGCAUCCAGGCGCGGCCGGCCGCAAAUAGGGUCAGGUACAUUUAAGAUAUAGAGCUACUGUGAGUACCUCCUCAGCAUCAUGAGAGCUGCUUCUUAGAGAACCUGUCCUGUCCUGACAAGGAGGCAGUGAAAUAAGUGCAUCAAACAACCAAACUGUCUGUUCCGAACCCCCUUCGUCUUUUCUUUCUCACCCUCUCGUGACUACGGUUUGCAUGGCGGAACUCCAUGCUACCACAGGUUGGGGGCGCUUAAGAGGAGGUAGGUGAUUAUAGGUAGAUGCACCCCUUAGGAGAGGGAGGUGAUUAGGUUGUUAAGCCUUCUUCACCCGUUUGCUUGUUAAUCCUUCCUUCACACUCUAGUGGUUAUCAGCAGGAAGAGCUUCCGCUAUGUCGCUAUGUUGUUCUUCCGCAAAGAAUGGCUCUCGGAGACGAGCGAGAAGAUUCGAUUUGCUUGAAAUUGGUGCAAUUUGGCGGCGGACAGGCUGGUGCUGCGGCAAGACCACUCGUUCGUUGCUGGCAUGCAACGCAGUUCAUGUCAUGGCACAGUUUUUUACAAAGCUGCUGCUGCUGGUGCUGGGAGUAGGACACAUGUAUUUGAUAUUCUCCUUGGCAUGGUAUAAUGGCAGGCAUAUUCGGCGACACAUUCGGAC